UCAUGUUAAUAUUUUGAUUCGCUCAAUACUAAAUAUCAAUAGACAAAAUUUUUGUUCAAUGGUAUGAGUAGCACUAGAUUUACACCUUGACUGUAUAUCCCGACUUUGAUCUCCACACAUGAGUUGAUAUUUACACUGAAAUUUUAGUGACUUUGAUACAAAUUUCAUUUGACCGAGUAAGUCUUUGAGAGUAGACAUAGUGUCAAAUUCAGAGGUCAAGGUGUCCUGGUUUUUAUCUUUUGAAGCUCGAAUUGAGAACAAGUCCGUUAGAGCUAUUGGGGCAAACUAGGCCAAAGUGAAAAAGGGUACGUUUAGAAACAAUGACCGAAACGGCGUUCCAAGGAAAAACCAUUAAUAAGUGCCCGCUCGCCUCCUCUCACUGCCUUUCCUCGGUAUGGUUGGUAAAACAGAAAAACCUAGGAAAGAAGUAGACAAGAAUUGGAGGGAAAAGAAGAGAGCGAGCCAAGGAGAGAGUAAGAGCAAUGCCAGUGGCAAAACCAGAAUCGUGUGAUUCCAGGGUGAUUGCUCAUAUCGACAUGGACUGCUUCUAUGUUCAAGUGGAGCAAAGAAAGCAACCGCAAUUACGGGGUUUGCCUACCGCAGUUGUACAGUACAAUGAAUGGAAAGGAGGGGCUUUGAUUGCAGUCAGCUAUGAGGCACGUAAAUUUGGGGUGAAGCGCUCAAUGCGUGGUGAGGAAGCCAAGGAGGUUUGCCCACAAAUUCAUCUGGUCCAAGUUCCUGUAGCCCGUGGUAAAGCUGAUCUUAAUGGUUAUCGGAAUGCAGGCUCCGAGGUGAUGUCCAUCCUUGCAAGGAGAGGUAGAUGUGAAAGGGCUUCCAUUGAUGAAGUUUAUCUUGAUCUUACUGAUGCAGCAGAAACAAUGCUAGCAGAAGCUCCUCCGCAGCACUUGGAGGCAAUAGAUGAGGAAGCUCUUAAGUCACAUAUUCUAGGGCUCAAUAAUGAGGAUGGGAGUGAUGUGAAAGAAAUUGUUAGGAAUUGGAUACAUAGGUGCCAUGCUGAUCACCGUGAUAAGUUACUAGCCUGUGGCAUCCUCAUUGUUGCAGAACUUAGGAUGCAGGUUUUAAAGGAGACAGAAUUCACUUGUUCUGCAGGCAUUGCUCAUAAUAAGAUGCUGGCCAAACUUGCAAGUGGUAUGAAUAAACCUGCACAACAAACUGUCGUGCCUUUCUCAUCUGUACAAGGAUUGCUCAAUUCCUUGCCAAUAAGGAAAAUGAAACAGCUUGGAGGCAAGCUGGGGAUGUCCUUACAAAUUGACAUGGGUGUGAACACUGUUGGAGAUCUAUUGCAAUUUUCAGAGGAGAAGCUUCAAGAACGUUAUGGCUUAAAUACUGGUACUUGGCUAUGGAAUAUUGCAAGAGGAAUCAAUGGAGAAGCAGUUGAGGGACGCCUUCUCCCCAAGAGCCAUGGUUCUGGAAAGACAUUUCCUGGCCCUCGUGCAUUAAAGACAGUUUCUGCAGUGCAACACUGGCUUAAUCAACUUUGCGAAGAACUCAGUGAACGGCUUUGCUCUGACCUAGAACAAAACAAGAGGAUAGCACACACUUUAACUCUGCAUGCUAGAGCAUACAAGUCCAGUGACUCAGAUUCAGAGAAAAAGUUCCCCUCAAAAUCUUGUCCACUAAGGUAUGGGACUGCCAAGAUCCAGGAAGAUGCCUUCAACCUAUUUCAAGCCGGAUUGCGUGAAUACAUAGGAUUGUAUGGUGUUAAGUCUCAAGGAAGUCACUACAGUAGAUGGGGGAUAACAUCUCUUUCUGUUUCAGCCAGUAAAAUUGUCCCCAUACCAUCUGGAACAUGUUCAAUUGUGAAAUAUUUUCAUUGGCAAUCUUCAUCCCACUUUUCUUCAAUACAAUCAGCAGAGAACCUCAGAAUGGAUGCAACGCAUUUGUCUCCCCCAGGUAAUGAAAGCUACUCAGAGGUGGGUUUACCUGAACCAAAAAUUCAUUUUCCAGGGGAAGAUAGCUGGAUUGAGGAUACUACCCCUGGUUUGGGUCUACAAGAACAGAAAAUAAAUGUCUGGAAAGAUGAGGAUCUAUCUUGCUCUCCAUCAAAGAAGAAAGUAGAUGGCUUCACCGAGGAUACUUCACCAUUGUUGCUCUCAGGAACUCAGGGGUGCUUGGAACAGAAUCAGAAUAAACAGCAAAGAGAGUUCUCUAAGGAUGAGAGCCGGUUUAAGUCAGAAUACCGGGAGCAAAAAGGAACAAGAUUGAAAAACAAGGGAACAUCUUCAAUUUUGAAAUUUUUUAAGAGCUGCAAUCCCUCUGGCACUUCUUUGUCUCAAGAGCACGAUAGAACUGUCCAAGGCACCGAUGCUCAAUUAACCAACGGUGCAGGUUUUCAGUCCAGCUGUCAUAACCUUGCAGAACUUAAUGAAGUUGAAGUAGCAAAGGAGAAUGGGACGAGCAGUCACAGUUACAUUAGAGAUCAGGAUGAAUGGAGAAGGGAAGCAUGGAGUUACAACAUCAAUGAAAUUGACCCAUCUGUGAUUGAUGAAUUGCCAAUGGAGAUCCAAGAUGAAAUUCAAGCCUGGCUACGGCCUCGAAAGCGGCCUAAUAAUAUAGUUCAGCGAGGUUCUACAAUCUCUCAUUAUUUUUCUCCUACCAAAAAGUCAUAAGAAAACCAGGAUAUUUAGCAUCUGCCUGUAGUAAUGUUAUUUUUUCUUUUAUAGGUAUAAACCAUGAUUGAUAAUACGGUCAGUUCUCACCAAAAGAGAAAUCUUUCAUCUGAUCAUACAAAUAUAGGAGGGAUCAUAUAUUCUGCCAAGUAUAUGUUUAACAAUAGGCCAGACCAUAUCUCUCAUAUCUAGCAUUUUUCUUCAUCCAAAAAUUUUAAUCCUAUCUUAGAGGACCUAAAGCUUGUUGAUAGUUUCGAUCCGGCCAAGGUAGAAAGCCACUUUGUGUCUUGUGCAUUCGAAAGUCUGAGCAGGCGUCGUUUUCUCCAACCUAAUAGCUUGUGCCUGGAGAGUCUCAGACAGACCAAAAGUUAGUAGUAUUUAAGGUGGUGUGUUUGCAGGUUGCCAUGUUUAUGGUACAUGGUGUAGGUCAACUGCAAAGUGCUAAUUAUAUAUAUGGAAAAAUCCUAGAGAUUGGAGAGAGACUGCUUCGUCACAUGCAUGCUGACCGUAGUUAAUAAAUGACAAAUUGUUUUUUUAUGUU